GGUCGUGAUGUUUCGUAACAGGGCCCGGGCGAGGUUGAUAACGAUUAUCGAGUAUUUCAAAUCACAAGAUUGCGAGUUUCGCAGGACCCGAAUAUUCUAUCUGGGUUCUAUUAGCAACCACCUGGUUCCGAAGACCCUACAUAUCCGGACGAUGGUGCACUAUGUACUCGGAUAUGGUCGAUGCCUCCCCUCAACUCCACUUGCUCAUCAUCGAUAAAAAGUCGGUUUCAACGUGGCGGCACCCCCAGCUAGUUACUUCCUGUGUCACUCCGAGUCUAAUUGAGCAGGUUCAUAUCUCAUAUGACCCUGACCUGAUUUCUAAUUCUUCAUUUUACGUCGGAGACAAAAAACUCGAAGAGUUUUUUGGUCAGAUCCCACAAUAUGCAAUACUCUCGCAUCGAUGGCGCGAUGGCGAGGUACAGUUCUCCGACAUCGACCAGCCUCACGCCCGUAAUAUGCCAGGCUAUUCCAAGAUUGAAGGCUGUUGUAUCCAGGCUGACGAAGAUGGGUAUCGCUAUGUCUGGAUAGACACUUGUUGCAUCAAUAAGAGCAGCAGCUCUGAACUUUCCGAAGCAAUCAACUCGAUGUUCAUGUGGUACAAGAAAGCCCAGAUCUGCUACGCAUAUCUGGAUGACGUGUCCAGAUGUGACAAUUUGAAAGACGAGUUUUUCAAAAGCCAAUGGUUCACAAGAGGGUGGACUCUCCAGGAGCUCGUGGCCCCCAACAAUCUCAUAUUCUUUUCGCGCGAUUGGGAGGAGAUAGGAAGCAAAUCUAGCCUCACUGAGUGGAUCGAAGAUAUCACGGGGAUUGUCCGCGGUGUCCUACUUACGAACUACCAGGAAGAGAUCAGUGUAGCAACAAGGAUGUGCUGGGCUUCAGGAAGGCAGACGACGAGGGUAGAGGAUCGGGCAUAUUCGCUGCUUGGUUUGUUUGGGGUAUACAUGCCUACGAUAUACGGAGAGGGGGAGAACGCAUUCGCCAGACUUCAGAUCGAAAUCAUGAAGAACUCCAACGAUCAAAGCAUUUUCGCUUGGAAAUCAUCUCGCCGAGGAGAUAGAAGUGGUCUACUUGCUUCCUCCCCGGAUGAUUUUGCGGAGUCCCGCGACAUCGUUAGGAUUCCUCCAGAUUCAUUCAAAAGUAUUUUUUCAAGCACCACCCCAUCCAUCAGACAUCAGUAUUCCGUGACGAAUCGCGGGUUGAAUAUCCACAUGCCUGUUAUGCGUGUGGAAAACUAUUAUCAGGCGGCCUUGAGCUGCUGCCGUCGAGGAGCACCACACUCUCGUCCAAUCGGCUUAUACCUUUAUCCAAACGAAGGCGAGACGGAACAGUUUCUGAGGUUACACCCCAGCUAUUUAUACGAAGCAGAGGUACCGGUACCAUCCAAAUUCACCUUUCAAGAACUUUACGUCCAAGAAGAUGACCCAUCGCUAUUCAUGAUAAUCGAUUCCAAGCGCGACCCUAUCCCUAAAAAAUAUCAUUUCUUCGUUAAAACCGACGGGGUGGUGGAAAACGGAUUUUCUUUGGUUGGCUAUACGCCGGCUGAGUGGUGGCAGCAGCAGGAGGAGAAUAGGCUCGUCCUGAGCUUGACCCACAGUGGAAUAUUUAGCACACUGCUCUAUCGCCAUCAAAUAACCGGCGAGAGUUUCGCAGUACCACUCGGUAUGCAUAAUUAUCACGUCUGGUCGUACAUUGUCACGGCUACGGACAGUGAGACGCCUGACAGCGUUCACGCGUCUUUCCACGAAGGAGAAAGAGGUAAUGUUCGAUGGAAAAGUUUGGACUGGUUUACUCAGGAGCUGAGUAUGGGAAGGGGUAAGACCAACCAGUGUAACGGGAAGGACUGCAAGGGGAACCAAGGCCAAGUCUAUAUAGCGGGAAGCUACGGCCCUAACGCUACGGGAGAGUCCCCGCCUCUGCUUGGAAUGACGCCAGCUCGCCAAACAUAUCUUUCCUCUAUCCGCUACCAGCCAGGACCCCUGGCACUCCCUACUGCACCAGUACCCUUUGAAGUUUGCAAUGAGUUUUACCCGGAACAAGUUAUUGUAUAA